AUCAUUCAACUUUACGAAUUUUCUCUCUCAAAACGCACACACAGAGACUCCACUUUCUCUCUCUAAAACUCCCUGUUUAGGGUUUCAGGAGGCGCCGCUUUUGAAUUAAUACGAUCCAGGAGUGAACUCUUCAUUCGCUCUCUCCCCUCCUCGACUUUUUCCCCAGGUAGGAUAUGGCUAUGGAAGUCACUCAGAUCCUUCUAAGUGCACAGUCAGUUGAUUCAACAGUAAGAAAGCAUGCCGAAGAGAAUUUGAAACAAUUUCAGGAGCAAAACCUCCCGGCUUUCCUCCUAUCCCUUUCUGUAGAGCUUGCUAGUGAAGAGAAGCCUGUUGACAGUCGUAAACUUGCUGGUUUGGUUUUAAAAAAUGCUUUGGAUGCGAAGGAGCAGCACAGAAAAUAUGAGCUCGUCCAAAGGUGGUUGUCAUUAGAUGUUUCUGUGAAGAGUCAGAUAAAGGCAUGCUUAUUGCAGACCCUAUCAUCUACUGCUAGUGAUGUUAGGUCAACUGCUUCACAAGUGAUUGCGAAGGUUGCAGGCAUUGAGCUGCCACAGAAGCAAUGGCCUGAGCUUGUUGGGUCUCUCCUAUCAAAUGUUCAUCAGGUUCCACCUCAUGUUAAGCAGGCUACGAUUGAAACUCUUGGAUACUUGUGCGAAGAAGUAGCUCCGGAGACAAUUGAUCAGGAUCAAGUGAAUAAGAUACUGACAGCUGUUGUUCAAGGUAUGAAUGCCAAUGAAGCUAAUAUUGAGGUCCGGCUUGCAUCCACAAGAGCUUUAUAUAAUGCUAUUGGAUUUUCCCAGGCUAACUUUUCAAAUGAUAUGGAGAGGGAUUACAUAAUGAGAGUUGUUUGUGAGGCCACACUUUCUCCAGAAGUGAAAAUCCGGCAGGCGGCAUAUGAGUGUUUGGUCUCAAUUGGCUCCACAUAUUAUGAAAAACUAGCUCCAUAUAUACAAGACAUCUUUAACAUCACAUCCAAGGCUGUCCGUGAUGAUGAAGAACCAGUUGCUCUCCAGGCAAUUGAAUUUUGGAGCUCAAUAUGUGAUGAGGAAAUUGAUAUACUGGACGAUUAUGGAGGUGAUUUCACCGCAGAUUCAGAUGUUCCCUGCUACUAUUUCAUCAAGCAGGCACUCCCUGCUCUUGUUCCCUUGCUGUUGGAGACACUUCUCAAGCAAGAAGAGGAUCAGGAUCAGGAUGAAGGUGCCUGGAAUCUUGCAAUGGCUGGUGGUACUUGUCUUGGCUUAGUUGCCCGGACAGUGGGGGAUGACAUUGUACCACUUGUCAUGCCAUUUAUUGAAGAAAAUAUUACAAAAGGUGAUUGGAGGCAAAGAGAAGCGGCCACUUAUGCAUUUGGCUCAAUAUUGGAGGGCCCAUCACCAGACAAAUUAACCCCUAUUGUUAAUGUUGCCCUUGGUUUCAUGCUCACUGCCUUGACUAAAGAUCCAAGUAGUCAUGUGAAGGACACAACUGCCUGGACCCUUGGGAGGAUAUUUGAGUUUCUUCAUGGCUCCACUUUGGCGACUCCCAUUAUUACCCCAUCCAACUGUCAACAGAUUAUCACAGUUCUCUUGCAGAGCAUGAAAGAUGCUCCAAAUGUUGCUGAAAAAGCUUGUGGUGCUCUUUAUUUUCUGGCCCAAGGUUAUGAGGAUGUUGGUCCAACAUCACCAUUAACACCUUAUUUCCAAGAAAUUGUGCAGUCUCUUCUUAAUGCCACUCAUAGAGAAGAUGCAGGCGAGUCUCGACUUAGGACAGCUGCCUAUGAAACACUGAAUGAAGUAGUGAGGAGCUCUACUGAGGAAACAGCUCGCUUAGUAGUGGAACUUGUUCAAGUCAUUAUGACGGAGCUUCACAAAACCCUUGAGGCUCAAAAGCUUUCGUCGGAUGAGAGGGAGAAGCAGACUGAAUUGCAAGGCCUUCUUUGUGGGUGCCUGCAAGUCAUCAUACAGAAACUAGGGGCAUCAGAACCUAUGAAGUAUGCCUUACUGCAAUAUUCAGAUCAGAUAAUGAAUCUUCUUCUUCGAGUCUUUGCCUGUAGAAAUGCCACUGUACAUGAGGAAGCAAUGCUUUCCAUUGGUGCACUUGCUUAUGCAACAGGGCCAAACUUUGCAAAGUACAUGCCAGACUUUUACAAGUAUUUGGACAUGGGUCUUCAGAACUUUGAGGAAUACCAGGUCUGUGCUGUCACUGUUGGUAUUGUUGGGGAUAUCUGCAGGGCGUUGGAUGAUAAGGUGCUGGCUUACUGUGAUGGUAUCAUGACGCAGCUACUGAAGGACUUGUCAAGCAAUCAGUUGCACCAGUCUGUGAAGCCUCCAAUAUUUUCAUGCUUUGGAGAUAUAGCUCUAGCAAUAGGCGAGAACUUCGAGAAGUAUUUGAUGUAUGCCAUGCCCAUGCUGCAGAGUGCUGCAGAGUUGUCUGCCCAUACAUCCAGUGUUGAUGAUGAAAUGAUUGAAUACACAAACUCUCUGAGAAAUGGAAUUCUGGAGGCAUAUUCAGGGAUAUUUCAGGGCUUCAAGAACUCACCUAAAACCCAACUCCUGAUACCAUAUGCACCUCACAUCUUGCAAUUCCUGGAUAGUAUUUACAUAGAAAAGGAUAUGGAUGAUAUUGUGAUGAAAACUGCUAUUGGUGUCCUUGGAGAUCUUGCAGACACCCUGGGAAGUAAUGCUGCUUCUCUGAUUCAACAAUCUGUGUCGAGCAAAGACUUCCUGAAUGAAUGUUUGUCCUCAGACGACCAUUUGAUUAAGGAAUCUGCUGAGUGGGCCAGAUUGGCUAUUAGCCGUGCCAUAUCUGUUUGAGGCGGUUUCACUUGGUGCAUAUUACUUUACCUGCAUGCAUAUGGUCGUGUCGAGUCAGGGUCAAGGUUGGGAUAGUCAUGUCAUGUUUGGUCAUACCUUCUGACAACAGAAGCAUUUCUGUUGUCACUAACUCAUGCAUAAGCAUCAUGGGGUCAGGUUAGGUCAGGUCGGGUUGGGUCGGGGUUCCUUUUGCCUUGGGUUGUGGUGGUGGGGUGGGGUGGGGGGUAGUCGGUGAUGGUGGCUUCUCUGAAUUCUUCAGGAGGACUUGUAGGUCUAAAUACCAAUUUUGUGCUGGGUAUGGAUGCUUGUUAAUGGGCUGAGCAGACUAAAACUAUGUUGCAUGGUCGAUACGGGCUACUUUUCUUGGGUGUUCUGAAAAAGCUCCCGGAUCACCCUGGUCGCUGCAUCAGCUCACAGCUAUUGUUUCUGUGAUUAAUUUGAAGUCAAGCUAUCAUACCCACUUUUUCUUCUUCUUUUUUUACAUAUCCAUACAUUUUUCAUGCAUAAACAUUCCAAACUCAUAUAGCAGUCCGUUGCUCAUUCAUUUCAUUCAUCUAGAAAAUUGCAUGAGGUUCUGUCACUACUCCAAUAUUAGGUCACAUUUCAUUUGCAUACAUUUUUCAUUAGUCCGUAGGCGUUUCACAGGUCAUCAUUUAGAGUCGAAUUUCCGUCUGUGCACGAGGAGAAAAACUCGUGAUUUUCUACUGGUCUGGUACAGAUUCUUCUUCAAUCUUGCUUUUGAAUAUGUAAAAUCUAUAUAUUUUGCUGCGACUGCGAAGUUGCAAGAGUGGGAAAUGUCAUGAAGUGUUGAUGAUAUUUUGGUAUAGGAUUGAAGAAUCAGUUUCAGUUGUUUUGUUUUAUCAUCCAAAGGCAACGUAUUUGUGGCCUUGUUGUAUUCAUCUCUUAUUUAUGCCUUCGUUAUAUAACAUAUGUUUGCUUUUGUAUUA